AGGGAAGAGAUUUGGGAAUGUUUGGCCCUGUGUAACAGCAAAAGGAUUCAUUGGUGAGGGUGUCUGGUAGGUAUCCGUAAAGAUAAUAAGAUGAAGGGAACAUCGCCGUUUGGAAAGUGUCGUGAUAUGAUACACAAGUUGUGCUGCCUCUGUGGCUCUAAGGCAUACCACCUUCAGAAGUCAACCUGUGGCAAAUGUGGCAAGAGAAAGUGUAACUGGACUGCCACGGCUAAAAGAAAUACCACGGCGACUGGUUGAAUGAAGCACCUAAACAUUGUAUACUGCAGAUUUAGGCAUGGAUUCUUUGCAGGAACAACACCUACACCCAAGAGGGCAGCAGUUGUGUCAUCCAGUUCAUCUUAAGAAUUUCAAUGAUUAGUCACACAAUAAAUAUUCCGGUUUUUUAAAAUGUAUAUAUUUUAAACAUAUAUAUGUUUAUAUGU